UCCAACGCGUGCAAGAUCAAUAAUCAAGAGAUGCAGAACUACCGAGCCAUCGCAGCGUCGAAAAAAGCCCAGCAAUGGGCCAAGAUCCCAAAAGCCUGGCGACUUCCCACAGAAAGACUCCAGGAUGCGAAUAACGUCAUGGACAUACCGCUUACAUGUGGAUUAUUGAACGAGACGGAAGCCAGCAUUACUUCUGACUACGACGCAACCGCUCUUCUCGGACAGCUGAAAGCUGGGGUAUGGUCGGUGGAGGAAGUGACGAUAGCUUUUUGUAAACGGGCUGCUAUUGCGCAGCAACUGACGAAUUGUCUAACGGAGACAUUCUUCGACGAUGCUAUUGAACGAGCGAAGAAACUCGACCUGGAAUACCACGCAAAGUCCAGCGGGAAAGCCCUCCCGCCACUGUUUGGGCUGCCCAUCUCGCUCAAGGAUAGCUUUCAGGUUCGUGGAUACGAUACUUCCACAGGGCUGGGUUGCUAUGUGGGCGAGUUAGCAGAGGAUAACAGCGCGCUUGCUGCUAUGCUGCUUGAUUUGGGAGCGGUUCUUUACUGCAAAACCAAUCUACCACAGUCGAUUAUGACGGGCGAUAGUGACAAUAAUGUUUUUGGAAGGACUUUGAACCCUCGCAAUAAGCUUCUUACUGCAGGUGGAAGUACAGGAGGCGAAGGUGCCCUCCUUGCGCUUCGAGGCAGCGUUCUCGGUGUCGGGACGGAUAUUGGUGGCAGCAUUCGGGUCCCAUCAGUCUGCAAUGGAGUCUAUGGAUUCAGGCCUAGCGUAGGUCUGAUUCCUCAUGGUGGGGUGCGAGACCUCACCCCGCCAGGGACAGAUGGUGUACGUUCGACAGCUGGGCCCCUAUCAACCUCACUGCGGGAUUGCUCGCUCUUUCUGAAGUCGAUACUCCAAGCAGACACUUGGAAGUACGACAGCACUUCGAUCUCGGUUCCAUGGAUAGAUCUUGAACCUAGGCACAAGCUUCGGAUCGGUGUUGCUCUAAAUGACGGCGUCUAUACUCCAUCACCGCCGGUCAGACGGGGCUUGAAGCAGGCGGUCGAUCUUCUCCAUGGACAUAACGACAUUCAACUCAUUCCUAUCAACCUGCCCGACGUCAAAUCGCACUGCCAAGGCCAUAUCAGCUAUAUGACACUACUAGGAAGUGAUCACUAUUACGAGCAAUUCGCGCGAACAGAUGAGCCAGUGGUCCCAUCUCUCAAAGCCAUCGGCCUUCUAUCAGUACCAGGAAAGACAUUGCAGGGAUUUUUUGAUUUGAACGUCCGCCGAGCCGAAGCCGCAAAAACGUACCUCAAACUAUUUCGCGACAACGAUUUAGAUGCGAUUCUAAUGCCUCCUGCACCGCAUACGGCAGUUCCUUUGGAUUGCUGGAAAACAGCGACAUAUACUGGCUUGUGGAACUAUCUCGAUUAUCCUGCUAUUGUGAUUCCAGUAAACCAAGUGCGUGACAUAGACUCCGCUGAUGAUUUGAGCAAUGCCAAAUUCGGUGCGGAUGACGAGCAGCUCUACAGUCUUUAUACCGGCCCGGAGCAGUACAAGGACGCACCGGUUUGUGUUCAGGUCGUUGGAUAUAGGCACAAGGAUGAGGCCUUGAUAAGGGCGGCAGCUGCACUGGACUCGAUUAUUAAUAAAAUCUAG